CGGUGUGGCACGUUGAGUUCCCACGACAGAGCGGAGUUGCUGGGUUGUUUUUUUUUCCCCUCUCUCUCCGGUAUUUUAGGCUAGAGGUAAACAUGUCUGGUCGCGGAAAGCAGGGCGGCAAAGUGCGGGCCAAGGCCAAGUCCCGCUCCUCCCGCGCGGGCCUGCAGUUCCCAGUGGGCCGCGUGCACAGACUGCUGCGCAAGGGUAACUACGCCGAACGAGUGGGAGCCGGGGCGCCGGUCUACCUGGCGGCGGUGUUGGAGUACCUGACCGCGGAGAUCCUGGAGUUGGCUGGCAACGCCGCGCGUGACAACAAGAAGACUAGGAUAAUUCCUCGCCACCUGCAGCUCGCCAUCCGCAACGACGAGGAGCUAAACAAGCUGCUGGGGAAAGUGACCAUCGCUCAGGGCGGCGUCCUGCCCAACAUUCAGGCGGUGCUGCUACCCAAGAAGACAGAG